CGCAGGUGGAUCAGCCCCCAUUCCCCUAUUCCAUGUCCGGGAUCUCCUGUCCUGUAAUCGCCUGUUUCCUGGGGACUUGGGCCAGCAAAGCCCAACAGAGAAACCGCCGCAGGGCCGCCAGGGGGCGCGCUGGGCGGGGACCCGCGCCCUGAUCUGGCUGUCCCUAGAGACCCGCGGAGCUCUCUCGGACGCUCCCCAGUCACUGGUCUUACGCACGAUUGCCGCAGCGAAAGCUCGUUCCGUGAGGUCUAGGGUCGCACGGAUCCCCCUUCGGGUGCCCGAUCCCUGCCCGCCACGCUCACUAUUAGGAGUGUGGGGACCCGGCAGGCGCAGGGGAGAGGCCCCCGCGUCCGCCCGUCGCUGCCUGUGAAUUAUGCAGGAGGCUGGCACCGGUGCUCGAGUUACUCAAGUUUCCCUGGCAACUUUCGCCCGGGCAUCCCUUCUCCACCACAGCGGGCAGCUUCUCCCGCGCGCCCGGGGCCCCAGGCGCCUUCCCGGGGCGGCCUGGCCGCGCAGCCCUGGGUACCCGACUACUGGGAAGGCUCCAGAAGACGCAGACCUAGACCACACCCUCGCCCCCUGGACUGGGGGCCUCUGAGGAAACCAGCCAGCAGCUGCGACCCGGUGAUAUCAUCCUGUAAACUUCGUCUUGGGCGCAGAGGGUGCUUGCAGGACCUGUGGUGGAUUUCGUUGCCAGGAUGCUGUGCUCGCACGGGACUUCUCCUCCUGGGUUCCCAGGGUGUGUGGCAUCCGCAGGACCUCAUCGAUGGGGUGUGUAGGGUCUAGAAGCUUCUCUAUUUUCACCAUCUUGGCCAUCCAGAGCGCAGGCUGUGGCUGCUGUGGUGAGCCUUCCCGUGGGACCUGACGUGCUGAUACCUCUGAGAUCCAGGCACCAUGCCACGUAGCCCCACAUCCAGUGAGGACGAGAUGGCCCAGAGUUUCUCCGACUAUUCCGUGGGCUCAGAAUCCGACAGCUCCAAAGAAGAAACCAUCUAUGACACGAUCCGGGCCACCACAGAGAAGCCAGCAGGGGUGAAGAUGGAGGAGAUCCAGGACAACACACUGGUGAUUCGAGUGGUCAUCCAGGAUCUACAGCAGACGAAGUGCAUUCGAUUUAACCCGGACGCCACCGUGUGGGUGGCCAAGCAGCGGAUCCUGUGCACACUGAACCAGGGCCUGAAGGAUGUACUCAACUAUGGGCUCUUCCAGCCAGCCAGCAAUGGGCGUGAUGGCAAGUUCCUGGAUGAGGAACGGCUGCUUCGGGAAUACCCACAGCCCACAGGCCAGGGUGUACCUUCCUUGGAGUUUCGCUAUAAGAAGCGUGUGUAUAAGCAGUCCAACCUGGAUGAGAAGCAGCUGGCCAGGCUCCACACAAAGACCAACCUGAAGAAGUUUUUGGACCACACUCAGCAUCGCUCAGUGGAGAAGCUGGUCAAGCUGCUGGACAGAGGCCUGGAUCCCAAUUUCCAUGACCCAGAGACUGGAGAGACACCCCUGACCCUGGCUGCCCAGCUCGAUGACUCCAUGGAGGUCAUCAAAGCUCUCAAAAAUGGCGGUGCACAUCUGGACUUCCGUGCCAGGGAUGGGAUGACCGCCCUCCACAAGGCUGCCCGGACAAGGAACCAGGUUGCCCUGAAGACCCUCCUGGAGCUUGGUGCCUCCCCGGAUUACAAGGACAGCUACGGGCUCACACCGCUGUACCACACGGCCAUUGUCGGGGGAGACCCUUACUGCUGCGAGCUCCUCCUCCACGAGCAUGCCUCCGUGUGCUGCAAGGAUGAGAACGGCUGGCAGGAGGUCCACCAGGCCUGCAGGUAUGGCCACGUGCAGCAUCUGGAACAUCUCCUCUUCUACGGCGCAGACAUGAGCGCACAGAACGCCUCAGGGAACACAGCCCUGCAUAUCUGCGCUCUCUACAAUCAGGACAGCUGUGCCAGAGUGCUGCUGUUCCGGGGUGGAAACAAGGAGUUGAAAAACUACAACAGCCAGACACCGUUUCAGGUGGCCAUAAUAGCGGGGAACUUUGAACUUGCAGAGUACAUCAAGAACCACAAGGAGACAGACGUUGUGCCCCUUGUGCCAACCAGGAGGGCCAUCUCCGGGGCUCCUCCCCGCUCUCACCGCCCUACCAUGGGCUGGGCCCAGUCUUGCACAGUGGAUGAGCCAGCUGGCCUGCGCCCUCCGGCACUGGGCUUCCACAGGACCUGCAGCGGGGAGCAGUCCCACUGGACCAGCAGUGUGCCCUUCCGAGAGGCCCCAGCUUAUUCCAACCGCAGGCGGCGGCCCCCCAACACAUUGGCUGCCCCCAGAGUUCUUCUGCGUUCCAAUAGUGACAACAGCCUCCAUGCUGGUGCACCUGAAUGGGCUGUCUGCUCUGCAGCCACCUCCCACCGAAGCCUCUCACCCCAGCUGCUGCAGCAGACACCCAGCAAACCUGAUGGAGCCACAAAGAGCCUUGGAAGCUACACCCCUGCGCCCCGCAGCCGCUCCCCCUCACUCAACAGGCUGGGCGGCGCUGGCGAGGAUGGCAAGAGGCCACAGCCACAUUGGCAUGUGGGGUCACCUUUCACUCCUGGUGCCAACAAGGACUCCCUCUCGACCUUUGAGUACCCAGGGCCCAGGAGAAAGCUGUACAGCGCAGUGCCUGGGAGACUCUUCGUCGCCAUCAAGCCAUACCAACCCCAAGUCGACGGCGAGAUCCCCCUUCACCGAGGUGACAGGGUCAAAGUUCUGAGCAUCGGCGAGGGUGGCUUCUGGGAAGGCAGCGCCCGUGGCCACAUCGGGUGGUUCCCAGCUGAGUGUGUGGAAGAGGUGCAGUGCAAACCCCGGGACAGCCAGGCAGAAACCCGUGCGGACCGCAGCAAGAAGCUCUUCCGGCAUUACACGGUGGGCUCCUAUGACAGCUUUGAUGCUGCGAGUGACUGCAUCAUUGAGGAUAAGACGGUGGUCCUGCAGAAGAAAGACAACGAGGGCUUUGGAUUUGUACUCCGAGGGGCCAAAGCCGAUACCCCCAUAGAGGAAUUCACACCCACGCCGGCAUUCCCAGCGCUGCAGUACCUGGAGUCUGUGGAUGAAGGUGGGGUGGCAUGGCAAGCCGGACUAAGGACCGGGGACUUCUUGAUCGAGGUUAACAAUGAAAAUGUCGUCAAGGUGGGUCACAGGCAGGUGGUGAACAUGAUCCGCCAGGGAGGGAAUCACCUCGUCCUUAAGGUCGUCACGGUGACCAGGAAUCUCGACCCUGAUGACACCGCCAGAAAGAAAGCUCCCCCACCUCCAAAGCGGGCUCCAACCACGGCCCUCACCCUGCGUUCCAAGUCCAUGACAGCGGAGCUGGAGGAACUCGGCCUCUCACUAGUGGACAAAGCCUCAGUCCGGAAGAAGAAGGAUAAACCGGAGGAGAUAGUCCCAGCCUCCAAGCCCUCCAGGACUUCGGAGAACGUGGCCAUAGAAUCCAGGGUGGCGACCAUCAAGCAGCGGCCCACUAGCCGAUGCUUCCCAGCGGCCUCUGAUGUGAAUUCCGUGUACGAGCGCCAAGGGAUUGCUGUAAUGACGCCCACGGUCCCUGGGAGCCCGAAAGGCCCAUUUCUGGGCCUCCCUCGAGGUACGAUGCGAAGGCAGAAAUCGAUAGACAGCAGAAUCUUUCUAUCAGGGAUAACAGAGGAAGAGCGGCAGUUUCUGGCUCCCCCGAUGCUGAAGUUCACCCGAAGCCUGUCCAUGCCGGACACUUCCGAGGACAUCCCCCCUCCACCACAGUCCGUUCCCCCAUCUCCCCCUCCCCCCUCCCCCACCACAUACAACUGCCCCAGGUCCCCGACUCCAAGAGUCUACGGGACAAUUAAGCCUGCAUUCAAUCAGAACCCCAUUGCCAAGGUGCCCCCAGCCACCAGGUCUGACACCGUGGCCACCAUGAUGAGGGAAAAGGGGAUGUUCUACAGGAGAGAACUGGACCGCUUCUCCCUGGACUCGGAAGACGUCUACACCCGCAGCCCCGCCCCGCAGGCUGCCUUCCGCACCAAGCGCGGACAGAUGCCUGAGAACCCAUACUCGGAGGUGGGAAAGAUAGCCAGCAAGGCCGUCUACGUCCCUGCCAAGCCAGCCAGGCGGAAGGGCAUGCUGGUGAAGCAGUCCAACGUGGAGGACAGCCCCGAGAAGACAUGCUCCAUCCCAAUCCCAACCAUCAUUGUCAAGGAACCCUCUACCAGCAGCAGCGGCAAGAGCAGCCAGGGCAGCAGCAUGGAGAUCGACCCCCAGGCCACUGAGCCCGGCCAGCUGAGGCCGGAUGACAGCCUCACCGUCAGCAGCCCCUUUGCCGCCGCCAUCGCCGGGGCCGUGCGGGACCGGGAGAAGCGGCUGGAAGCCAGGAGGAACUCCCCAGCCUUCCUCUCCACAGACCUGGGAGAUGAGGAUGUGGGUCUGGGACCACCUGCCCCACGGAUGCGGCCCUCCAAGUUCCCCGAGGAGGGUGGGUUUGGUGAUGAGGAUGGAACGGAACAGCCGCUAUCGCCUACCCCCGGGGCAGCACCCAGGGAGCUGGAGAACCACUUCCUAGGUGGCGGUGAGGCUGGUUCUCAGGGGGAGCCCGGGGGAGCCCUGAGUUCUGCAUCCAAAGCCAAGGGGCCUGAGAGUGGUUCAACAGCUCCCCUCAAGAGCAGCAGCCCGGCCGGCCCCGAGAAUUAUGUGCACCCCCUCACGGGGCGGCUGCUUGACCCCAGCUCCCCGCUGGCCCUGGCACUCUCCGCCAGGGACCGAGCCAUGCAGGAGUCCCAGCAGGGUCACAAGGGCGAGGCCCCCAAGGCUGACCUGAACAAGCCUCUCUACAUCGAUACCAAAAUGAGGUCCAGCGUGGAGUCGGGCUUUCCUCCGGUCACCAGGCAGAACACCAGGGGUCCCCUGCGACGGCAAGAGACAGAGAACAAGUACGAGACGGACCUGAGCAAGGACCGGAGGGGCGACGACAAGAAGAACAUGCUGAUCAACAUCGUGGACACGGCCCAGCAGAAGUCCGCCGGCCUGCUGAUGGUGCACACGGUGGACGUGGCCACGGCAGGGCCGCCCCUGGAGGAAGAGGAGGACGGAGAGGAUGGGGAGACCAAGCCAGACCCCUCACCCUCCACAGUGCCAGAAGGCGUUCCCAAAACCGAAGGUGCUUUACAGGUCUCCGCUGCCCCGGAGCCCUCCGCUGCGCCCGGCAGGACCAUCGUGGCGGCAGGCUCCGUGGAGGAGGCGGUGAUUCUGCCAUUCCGCAUCCCCCCUCCCCCUCUGGCGUCCGUGGACUUGGAUGAGGACUUCCUUUUCACAGAACCGUUGCCUCCUCCCCUGGAAUUCGCCAAUAGUUUUGAUAUCCCCGAUGACCGCGCAGCUUCAGUGCCCGCUCUUGCUGACCUGGUCAAGCAGAAGAAAAACGACGCCCCUCAGCCCCCUACCUUGAACUCCAGCCAACCAGCCAACUCCGCAGACGGUAAGAAGCCAGCCGGCAUCUCAAACUGCCUGCCCUCCUCCUUCCUGCCACCCCCCGAGAGCUUCGACGCGGUCACCGACUCUGGGAUCGAGGAGGUGGACAGCCGGAGUAGCAGUGACCACCAUCUCGAGACAACCAGCACCAUCUCCACAGUGUCCAGCAUCUCCACGCUGUCCUCCGAGGGCGGGGAGAGCAUGGACACGUGCACAGUCUAUGCAGACGGGCAAGCCUUUGUGGUUGACAAGCCCCCGGUACCUCCAAAGCCAAAAAUGAAGCCCAUUGUACACAAGAGCAACGCACUUUACCAAGACACGCUUCCGGAAGAGGACACAGAUGGCUUUGUGAUCCCCCCACCUGCACCCCCGCCCCCGCCGGGCAGCGCCCAGGCCGGUGUGGCAAAGGUCAUCCAGCCAAGGACCUCCAAGUUGUGGGGUGACGUCACAGAGGUCAAAAGCCCGAUUCUCUCAGGCCCAAAGGCAAAUGUCAUUAGUGAGCUAAACUCCAUUCUGCAGCAGAUGAACAGGGGGAAAUCGGUCAAGCCCGGGGAAGGGCUGGAGCUGCCGGUGGGAGCCAAGUCGGCCAACCUCACUCCAAGAAGCCCGGAGGUCAUGAGCACUGUCUCAGGUACACGGAGCACGACCGUCACCUUCACUGUUCGCCCCGGCACCUCCCAGCCCAUCACCCUGCAGAGCCGACCCCCCGACUAUGAAAGCAGGACCUCAGGACCGAGACGUGCCCCCAGCCCUGUGGUCUCACCCACAGAGCUGAGCAAAGAGAUUCUGCCCACCCCUCCAUCUGCUGCCGUGGCCUCUCCCUCCCCCACGCUCUCAGAUGUCUUUAGCCUUCCGAGCCAGUCCCCAGCAGGGGACCUCUUUGGCUUGAACCCAGCAGGACGAAGCAGGUCACCAUCUCCUUCAAUACUACAACAGCCAAUCUCAAAUAAGCCUUUUACAACUAAGCCUGUCCACCUGUGGACGAAACCAGACGUGGCAGACUGGCUGGAAAGUCUGAACUUGGGCGAACACAAGGAGACCUUCAUGGACAAUGAGAUUGACGGCAGCCACCUGCCAAACCUCCAGAAGGAAGACUUGAUCGAUCUUGGGGUGACUCGAGUUGGGCAUAGGAUGAACAUAGAAAGGGCUUUGAAACAGCUGCUGGACAGAUAAGGGUGGCUGCCCUGGGCCUUCACAGACUCCUCUGUUAUAAGUAGAGAUGGGCUUUUGUUGAAAUGUGUGGUGGCCAAGCAGAGGCUGAAAGCACCGAUCUCCGAUCCGUGGGUUUUUUUCUCUGGGUACCCAAAGAAGUGCUGUGGGUGUCCUUGGUACAGCCAAACCAGGACCUCAAAACCCAGCUCUCCGUGCAGAUUUCUUGGGCGGCUUCUGUCCAAAGGGACGGUAAGGGGGUUUUCUGUCAUGGUCUCAGAGUGUCCUGUCGAUGGCCUGUGGGACCCUCUCCUCCUGUGGCAGGUACCAGUGUACUCCAGAUACCUCCUGAGGCCUCCCUCCUCUGCCUUCUGAGCAGCUCUCACCCCUCCGCCCCAGAACAGCCUUUCUUCAGGCCUGUGGCCCCUGGGUGGGCUCCUCGGCUCCCGACCCUCCCCUGUGCUUGGCUCUCAGUGAGCAGCUCCAGGUGGGGCCCUGCCUGAGCCAGACAGUAGCACCAUCCGUCCUUCCCGCCUCUUUGUCCGACUCCUGUGAAGUGCAUCUGAGCUCCUUUGGCCCCAAGGUCCUUGGCAGUGGUGGCUGUGUGGACAGGAUCGUGCCCAGCUUGCUUAACUCCAUUUCUUUAUUUCUGCAAAGCGAUUAGCAUAAUUCCAGGGUAGCCAAACCGAAGUCACACGGAGUUAGUCAAAGCACAAAGUCACGAUCCUGAGGAGGAGGGAGGCCUGGCCGCAGAGCCAGCCGGUGUGUGGCCACCCAAGCGUACAACCUCCUCCAAGACAAGAGCCGGUGGGUGUCUGCCCGGAGCAUCUGCCCAGGAGGGAGAGGUGGGGGCUCUCCAAAUUUACUUUAAUUGGCUGCCUGUUGAGCUCCACAGAGGUCAGGACAGGUGAGCAUCCGCUCUGACAAGGACAAGAAGACCCGAGGCACGUGGUAAGCACGGCUGCCAUAGGGGAGUCGUUGUCCUCCCUGGGAGCGAAUGGGAUGCCAUGCCCUCCAUCCACACCGGGCCAUAGGUGAACCUCCUGCUGAGGCAGCCCUUCGGCUCUCACAGCCCGAGAAAGGUGGAACUCAGGGGCCUUUCUCCCUUCUCUCAGCGGGGAUCCCACCAGCUUGUCUUAACCGUACGUCUGGGUCUCAGAGAAGCCCGUGGUCAGGACCUGGUGGGGAAUAUAAAAUAGGGCGCAGGCUGUGGUAAAGUGUAGGUUUGCGUAGAAAGGAAGGUGGGAGCACCCUGGACCAAGCCUCAUCUCAGGCCUAGCCACCUGAGCCUACCCUCCUUGCCCCCAGAUUUCUCCCUCCCAAAACAAUACCUCUAACAUCCCCGGGAGGUCACACCAACAGCCACCACGCAGCCAGCUAGGCUCCCAUUAAUCCCCCUCUCCCUCGAACUCAGAGGAGACGUGAAUGUCAGGUUACGGUUUUAUUAUUUCAGAACUAGCCCAGCCCAUCUCUAAUUAUAAAACAUUUUUUUUUAUUUUUACUUUUUUUUUUUUUUCCUUCACUUAUGCUCACAACCAUGUGUCUGACGAGGCCUGGAACAGCUCUAGAAUGAAUACAUAAAGUUUAGCAAUUUAAAAAAAAAAUCUUUCUUUACUGCAAGUUUAAAUAUGUGUACAGAUAGUUCAUAAGCACAAUAUUUUAAGAAAAAAAAAAAGUGGCUGGUCUACUGGGCAGCCUAUGUGCCGCCUAGUGCUAGAACGCUAAAGGGAAAAAGGUUUGUAGUUUAACACUACCGUUUCCUUGGGACAAUUGUUCAAGCGCCCUUUUUAAAAAAUCAUCCUUCCCUGGACACACCAGAACCUGCAGCACUGGCUCGCUUUCCAGCUUUUGCCACAACUUCAUCACUGAAGGGCAAUUAUUUCUUCAAAAGGAUUAGAAUCCACGACUUGGCAGUUCCUCCAAAAACAAUGCAUACACAUGUACAUGUGUGCACACACACACACACACACACACGCGUGCGAGUGCAACCCACCAUGCAUGCAUGCACGCGCCCCUUGAUACGGAGACCAAGGCUUCAAAUCUUAUUCAGUCCCCCAAGCCCUUCGCAGGCCAACCCCAACUUUCGAACCAUCCGAUCAACUGGUACCAGGUGACCGCUGAGCACCUGAGUCUGGCUUCUGCCAUUUUCCCACAGCAAGGAGAACAAACGAGUCACACUCCAGAGACACUGCCGAUCCAGACACUGCGGGUAGCCAGGGAAGAGGUCAGAGAGUGUGAAAAUGCGGCCCCACCAUUAAUUUGUCUUCCAAUGGGUGGUUCCCUGAAGUCCCCACAGUGUGCCCUGCCACUGGGCUCCUUUCCUCAGCUUCUGGUUGGCAUUACCUCUGUGCUCAGUGCCAGGCAGAUGCUGGGCAGGAGACCUGGUGGCUUGGGGUGCGCUGAACUUAGGUGGCAGGUGACAGGCCAUGACUGCCUUCCUUAGACGUCAAGCCACAUGCCACCAAGCAGAAGCAAGCUGACUGGCAGCCUUGGAAGCUGAUAGGCCAGCUUUGCUUUGCAGUGUCUGGACCUGUCAGACCCCACCCCCAACCACCCAAACACACACAUUUGCCUAGAUGACUGGGUCUCUAUCUCCAACCAAGUGAUUUGGCUCAGAAAGCAAUAGUCCCUUAUUGACAUCGCCACCCAUUUUUCUCCCCACUCGGAAUGUGUCAGGACCAGGCCCUACCCCAGGACCCUCUUCAGUGGUGAAUCAGAUGUUAAACUGCUCAUAAGGACCAUGUUACCACUAUUCCAGGUUUUAAGAUCAACUUUUGUUAUAUACUGUAAUUUAAAUAACUGCAUAAAUUAACAUGCCUAGUUUCUGUAAUAUUGUGUAUACAAAACCAAAAUCUCUCAAGCUGUAAAUUGUGUAUACCUGCCGGGAUCCCUACUCUGGGUGUCCGUGCACAUUUUAGAUUUAAUUCAUACAAUUAAAAAUAACUCAAUGUGACUGCUGACGUGCUGAAACUUUACAUAAGAAUUAUUUGUGAUACUUUAGUUAAUAAAAUGGUGACUUUUUUUUUCCUGAGUUAUUGAACAAGCAAUUACCCAGCUGACCUGGCAAUGACUUUUUUUUGUGUGUGUGGGUGGGGGAGGGCCACAAAUACUGAUUUUUUUUCUCCCAUCAGAAAUUUUGGAUUUUAAAUACUAACAUGUUUCACACUGCAGUUCGUGUGUGACAACACAUGUCACAUUAUCUUUGUUGCUGUUAAGUUUGUGCUCUUUUUCUUUUUAGACUUUAUUUAUUUAGAAAGAAAGAGAGAAAGAGAGAGGGAGAGAGAGAGAGAGAGAAAGUUCCUGUACUUUGCACUUUUCCCCCCAAAUCCUUCGAUCUCUUGUAUGGCAACCAAAAUUACUGUAAAAAAAAAUAAAUAUACUCUUGCAAUAAGGUUGUGGUUCUGAUUACAAAGGGGAAGGUGGAACAGACUCCCUCAGAGCUGUCAAGCUUGCAAUCGGAGGCAGGGUGUUUGCACACUUUAGCCAGCUUUAUCUGGACAAGGCGACGGGAUGGCGUCUUUCCUUCAGCUGCUUCACCUCAGGCCCGUUUCCUCAAGUGCCCUCGUUGUCUAAAUGGAAACCUUGUAUAUUAUUUCAGAAUGUGCAAACUGUCAAGGUGGGCUUGUGUGACCAUUCCUGUGAGCAUGGGCCCCAGACCUGGCUGUCCCUUUUGUUUCGGGGUGGGCGCGGGGGCACCCCAGAGACCGAGCCAGAGCCAGGCUCUGCUCCCUCUUCUCUGGGAAGAGAGGUGUCCUCACAGCCAGCCAGAAGCCAUGGGAGCUGAAGACCAAGCGGCUACUCUGGCUGAUCUGACCGGGCGCUGCUUCCACAAACAGCUGUGGGCCAAGGCCGGGAGAGCAAGAAAGAAUCUGGGUCUUUGGCAAACAGCUGAACAGGAGCCCAGGGCCAUCUGUGCACUCCUGGAAGUGUAUCUGAGAGACACCGAACCUCUCUGCCUCCUGAGUUCCCCAGCAGGCUCUCUCCUUGGGCACCCCCUCAUCCAAGUAGCAGCCACUGAGUCCCCAUCUUUGUCCUUUGCUCCCUGCACUCCUGUAGUAGAUUCUCCCAGACCAUCAGCUCCCCCAGCCUCACUGUCCAGUGGCUUUUCCCAGACUCCUUGGUAAAGUAGGCAUUCAUCAGGGGGACAUCUGACCGUCUCUUUACUUGACCUGUAUUUGAGGCAUUUGCUCCCCAGGGGUCUGGACCAUGCCUGCACCUACGGAUGCCCUGGGUGGAAACGUCCUGGAUGGAGGGGGUCAUCCAGCCACUGGCAUACAGAAUGCUCACUUUGAGCAAAGCCUGGCAGUGUCCAGUGCCCCGCCCUGUUUCUAGCAGCCCAUGGCUCGCUCUUCAAGUCCCCACUGUCCCGUUGACACUGUUUCUUUCCGUGCCCUGGGACGUGGGUCUGCAGCUCACAGUCUUUGCUGGUGUAUGUUUAAAGUCACAGCGGCCACUGUCCACGGCUUCUACUAGAACUCUGUUCACAGCCAAUCCGAAACUUUAAUACGAGCCUUCAAAUAAAUGCUGAAUAGGAAAUUUGAUUUAAAAACCAACAAACAAAGCGUGUGCCUUGGGUGUUUUGAACUAAUCGGCGUAAUACUGUAACUGUGUAUUUGAUGAGAGGAUCGAUAUACCUUCGAUGUAUAAUGUAGCUGAUAAAAAUAGUUCUAGUGCCUUGUCUUCUGAACUGAGACGCCCACAUCAAUGCACAACCUAAAGAGACAAAGCCCGACUGGAGAACUGAGUGCUGAGAGGAGCUAGCCCCUGUGCGGGAGGGCCCCUUCUCAUCGGAAGACUGUGGAACACAUACAGUCGUUUACGCUUAAAAAAAAAAAUAGAGAACGUUGAAACAGAAUUGUGUUAUCAAUUAAUUUUCCAUUAAAAUGCUCUCUGCUAUAUCA